AUCUUGGUCCGUACAUCGCCUCAUCAGGCAGGCUGGCCACAGCCCCCUAAACCCAUCGUAUGCUAUAUGAAUCGUGCAAACCGUUGAGUUACGGAAAAGGAAUCUUGUUCCGUACGUGCUGUGGGCAGCAGAGCGGCGUCAAACCCCUAACGUCCUCGGCUACGAUCCGACAGCAUUAGCACGUGCCGGCCGCGACCACCCGUCGUCGGCGGCCAUCAUGGACGCCGUCAUGCUGGAGGCGUCAACGUCGUCCACCGCCAUGCUGGAGGCGCCAACGUCGUCCACCGCCAUGCUGCUGGAGGCGUCAACGUCGUCGCAGCAGCAGUCCGGCGAGGCGGCGCUGUACCCGUACCUGCACGUCCCCGGCGUCCGGUUCGUCCCGACCGACCAGGAGCUCAUCCUCUGCUACCUCCGGAGCAAGCUGCGCGGCGAUCCGCCCCCGACCACGCUCGUGCACGACGACGACGUGUACGCGGAGCACCCCCAGAUUCUCACGGAGAGGCUGGGCCCGAGCGUGGAGGACUACUGGUACGUGUUCACGCAGAGGAACCGCAAGUACGCCAAGGGGGGGCGGCCGAGCCGGAACACGGGCGACACGGGCCGCUGGAAGUCGGUGGGCAAGAACAUGCCGGUCACCUACGGGAAGGAGAAGGCGACGAUCGGUUUCAGGAACUCUCUGGCGUACGAGGUGUUCCUCUACGACGACGGCGGCGACUCCAAGAAGAAGCGGAUAGAGAAGACGGAGUGGAAGAUGGCCGAGUUCGUGGACGUGGACUCCAACAUGCCCGUCUCGUCCGCCCCCAACUUCAUGCUGCUCAACGAGUGGGUGCUGUGCAGGAUAACACGCAAGCCGGAGAAGAAGAAAGGGGAGGAGGAGGAUCCCGGCGCCUCUCCGGCGGACGAGGUGGUGGAGGAGGAGGAAGGGGCGGAGGAGGAGCACGAGCCGUCAUCGAUGAUGCUCGUCGACGAGCCGCUGACGGACACCAGCCCCGACACGUCGCAGCAAGCGCAGGCGACGGCGUCUGCCGGCCUCUUACGCAACGGCGCCAACUGGUCGGACAGCACCGCCGACAGCCAGGUCGAAGCAUCCGGUUCCGGCGCCGAUCCCCAACAGACUGCUGACGACGACCCGUUCGAGUCUCUUGAUCUGGGGCCCUUGUCGAGUGGGAACAGUCUUGGCCAUGUCUUCACGAUUGAUCCAUGGGCCUGGAACCUGUAUUAUCCAGAGGGCGCCGAUAUUGAUUCGUCCGGCAGCCGGCUCCGAACGCCCAGCGACCCUGAUCCGAUGGAGACCCCGUCGGAACCACCUGCUGCUCCUCAGCCUCGGCAUUUCGUCACCGAUCUUCCCUCCUCCACCGACGACGGUCGUCUUGAACAUGCCAAGGUGAUUCGCAAGAGAAAAGAAGACGCCAGGGCGAGCGGUGACGACGCCGGGAAGAAGGGCAACGCGGCAGUAAAGAAGAGCUCCGGGCGUGCAAAACCAGACGGCCAAAACUAAUUCUGUGUAAUGCAUAAGUACAUUGGUAGAUUUUUGGUUCAGUUUUGAUAAACCAUCUCCCCUUUUUCUUGAACGCAAUUGCCAGAUCCCCUGACCUGUCGGGUUUUCCCUAGGACAAAGAUAAGGUAGGUUUAGAGUAGUCGUAGGUUUAUGUGUCUUUGCAACCUGCAAGCAACUGGAUAGAAUGUUGCGGUGAAAUUUUGGCAGUAGGUGCUGAUUUGCUGCCAGUGGAGCAGUGCAUAUUUAAGAGUUCAUGGCAUGGAUAAUGGUGGUCUGUUUAGGUGUGCUUGUGCUGGAUUUUAAUUAGCGAGGCAUCUUUGAACUGUAGGAUUUUCAUAGCAAUUUAGCAAGGUUCAGUAUGCUUUUUAGGAUAUAUUUUUUUAAUUUAA